AUGUCUUACCAGUAUGCGCCGCUACCGCCAGCCAACAAGUCGUGGUUUCGUCGCACCCGCUACUUCACCCGGAUGUUGAGAGUUUCCCCGGGCUCAGGGGACGACCCGCUACGCGGAACACUGGACAUUAUUGACAUCGCAUCUGAAGAAUCUCCAUAUGAAGCUUUAUCGUACGCAUGGGGGACCGAAGCUGCGAGCAAGAUGUUCUAUCUGGAUGGCUGUCGGAUGCCAAUCCGCCCAAAUCUCAACGACGCGCUCAUUUGGCUCCGCCACCCAAAGGAGGUGCGCAGCAUCUGGGUCGAUGCCAUCUGCAUCAACCAGGAUGAUGUCGACGAGCGUACACGGCAGGUGGGCUACAUGCGUCGUGUCUAUGAACAUGCAUCACGCGCCAUUGUCUGGGUCGGCCUGCGCACUCCUGGUGUUGAAGACGCAUUUCGACUCGCCGAGGCACUUGGGGCUUCAACCUUCGAAAGCCUUCAGCCUGCCGGCGACGAGAACAAGGAGGAAGGAGAACGGAGUGAGUCAGUCCCGGACGAUCUUGACACCAGUCUGCCGCAUCUCGUCGCCCUUGCGCAGAGACCUUAUUUUGAACGGACAUGGGGCAUACAGGAAGUGGUGGUCGCCAAGGAUGUGGUCCUCAAAUGUGAGGACUUGGAGAUCAACUUUGACCAUCUCCUGGGGUCGUGGAAUCACAUAGCGGCCAACGUCGAGGGCGAGCUGGGACCAAACAAUUCGAUUUUCAGCAUGUGGAUGGCCAUGUUGGCUACACGCAAAGCCACAGCAGGGACGUUGAAGCCUCUCGUGCCCAAAACCAUAGGUCCUUUGUCCCUCACAUUGGACUUGUCACGCCCAUACUUAUCUACAGAUCCCCGCGACAAGAUCUUCUCCGUCCUCGGCAUCUGUUGGGAGGGCGUGCGUCCUGGCCAUCAACAAUUCUUUGCCUUGGAUUAUAUUGACAAUUGGGGGUUUGCUCGCCCUUUGGUGUUAAUUCUAUCCGUGCCAGUAAAAUUGGCCAUGCUUCUGUACUCGCCCAGUCGUCUGCAGAUGCCAAAAGAGCUGCAGCCAGACUACCAGAAGACAACAGCCGAAGUAUAUACAACCUUUGCUCGAUUUCUCAUUGAACACCAAGCCGGGCACCUCGGCAUUCUGAAUAACGUUUCCCAUACCGAAGAUCCAGAAGAUGGCGAAUACCCGUCGUGGGUGCCCAAAUGGUUUGAACCGAAAAGAGAAAUCAAUAUGGCGGAAGACUUCAGGAUGGGAUACUACCGAGCAUUUUCGUCAAUGGCGACGACUCGUGGCGCCAGCUUUUCCAAGAAUUCUGAGCAACCACACAUACUUUCUCUUGAUGGCUAUACCUUUGACGUCGUCGAUGCAGUCGCAGAUGUGUUCAGAUUCAAGAGCGAGGAGUUUGAUGAUACCUUCGGGGGUAUCGUUGGUGCUUGGCACGAGCUAUUUGAUUCCUCAUUCGUUCCACGCUCAGGUGAGACCUACUAUGACGGUCAGCCCCUCGAUGUCGCUUUUCUGAAGGCAAUAUCAGUCUGGCCUAAAGGAGACGCAGACUCAGACAUUACGCAAAAAAAUGCCGUCGGUUUCAACCACAGGAUUCUGAAUGGUCAUUUCAACAUGGAGAACCGCGCCGAAGAUAAGAAGGGAUUCAACGCCGAGAUUUACAUGUGGUACAUGGCUAUCAUAAUUCGCGAGAUCGAGAUUCGAGAAGAAUGCGGUAUCGCCUCCGACCAGGAUGAAGAUGAUGACGAGAUGGGACAGAGCGCUGGAUCCAAAACCAGUUCCAUUGCAGCUGAUGAGCCUACACAGGCGGAUCCCGUUCCUAUACCCGAUGGCUCAGCAUCUAGACCUAGUUCAGAGGCUGUGUCUAAUACAGAUGAUGAUCCUAUGGAAUCAAUAGGACCUUCCAAUGAGAGCCCCUCUGCAGAGCAAAGAUCACAUCCAUUUCUACAGCUGUCAGGACUGGAAAAGGCAAGGGCAAUGGAAGUCGAGCCAUACACAUUUGAAUAUGAAGACAUUGACUGGGACGAUCUCGAAAACCUAUCUGAGGCUUAUCCCAAAGGGCUUUACCAGACAGCACACAACCGGUGUGCAUUUACCACUUCGGACGGGUUCAUAGGACUUGGUCCAUCAACAAUGAAGUCCGGGGACCAAGUCGUGGUUCUCUUUGGCAGCGAGCUCCCGUCUAUUUUGCGGCCAAGGCCCCAAGGAGGCUUUUAUUUAAUUGGCCAGGCUUAUAUUCUGCACGAGGAACUACGAUCAGGCUCAGUGACACAGUCUGUCGCAAGUGGGAAUGGGAGGUUUCCUCGCAACACAUAUGAUAUUUACUGA